CCUUACUCGCCAACCAGAAUCUAGUCCUAGUAAGGCGUAAUGUGCGAAUUCCACGCCAAUCCCGCCCACUCCUCAUCUCCUCUAGCCAACCUCUUGUCUUCGACAAGCUCGUCAACGUCCAAAGAUGAUCGCGCCAGUGGGUCGGGUUGAAGCAUUCUCCAGUGUCCUAAUGUCACAUCUCGUGCCAUUGUUUCGAUGCGGCGUAUUGAGCGAACAACUGCAUCGGCCCUCUUCCGUUGCACAAAGUCUGACCUGACCCUGCGAGGUGGGCAAAUAAUAUGUAUAUUGGGCGUUCCCCUUUCAGCAUCAAAUCUCGUAUGGUCGGCAGUCAAACACUGCAGUAGCAUUCUGCAUCUGCCAGAAUGAUAGCCUCGUACCGAUACUUGCGAAAGAAAAGACGACAGCGCCAGCUGUCCAAGGCUGAAAAUUUACAACUGGACACGACUGGCCAAAACCCGUCCUCGACAGUCACUAAUGGGUCCCAAAAGAAAAAGAAGUGCCCAGUAUGUGUCAAAGAAAAGAGUGCUGCUAGAAAGUACCGGUGGAGGAUUAUUUUGUGCCUGCUGCCCGCGUUCCUCGAUGCCAGCUUAGACUUGACCGUCAUUGCAACCGCAUUGCCGCGCAUCGCAUCACAUUUCAACAGAUUCAAUCAACUCAGCUGGAUUGUCACUGCAUUUUCAUUAACCUCAACGGCUUUUAUUCCUGUCUAUGGCCAACUGGCCGAUACUUUCGGUCGAUUUCCCACCAUAAUGUUCUCCGCCAUGGUGGUGGCCACAGGCAGUGUUCUCUGCGCCUCGGCUCCUGUAUGGGGAGUCUUGCUCCUUGGACGAUCACUGCAGGGAAUUGGGGCUGCUGGGGUCCAAAAUGUCACAAUCAUCAUACUUGCCGACAAGGUGACGCUGAAGGAGCAGUCCAUCAACACAAGCAUCUUCCAGAUGAUGGGCGGGGUCGGCUAUAGCAUUGGGCCAGUCAUUGGUGGAUACCUCACCAACGCCUCCUGGCGCUAUUGUUUUGCCUUGAGCUGUUGUCUCUCUGCAGUUAGCAUGACGGGCCUUUUCCUCCUCCGAAACGAGCUUCUGCCGGGCAGAAUCACCUUUGAGCCGACCUCAGGUCUCGUGAGCCGAAUCAAGGUCCUGGGGUCUGGCCUUGUGACCCUAGACUUUGGAGGAAUUUUCCUCUUCAUUGCUGGUGUCGGUUUGGUGAUCCUUGGCACCGCCUGGGGUGGUUCAACGUACCCAUGGUCAUCUUCAGCUGUAAUCGCUUCUUUGGCGAUUGGUGUGGUGAUGAUGAUGUGCUUCGUCGCAUGGGAGCUCUCGUUGGCUUCUGGCGGGUUCCUUCACAAGCGUCUACCGAGGACGACUCCUAUGAUUCCUGCAAGCAUUCUAUCGGCGAAGGAUGUUUCGCUGGUUUGUUUUCUGUCGUUUGGCAGUGGCACGGCACUGUUCUCCGUCUUCUACUUUGUCGGAAUUUACUUCACCUUGGUUGAGGGAUAUCGAGCAUCGCAUGCUGGAGAGCAACUCCUCUUCUAUGUUCCUGGAUUAGGGUUCGGUGUCAUCUUCGCUAUUUUCAUCUGCAACAAAUGGCCACGACAGACCUUCUGGCCGCUUUAUAUUGGUACCGUUAUCGAAACCAUCGGUAUUGGAGUCAUUUGCUAUGCCGUUCAAGCCCGUCGGGUGCCACUGAUCAAUGGGAUGAUGUUCAUUGCAGGUGCAGGUACCGGUAUGAGGUUCAUGCCGGCAAAUCUCCACCUCGCAGGCAUGUUUCGUAACCAGCUAGCAGCGGUGUACAGCCUCUUGCGCUUCGCCAUGCCAUUUGGUGGGACUGUCGGUCUCACCAUAAUGGGGGCAGUCUUUCAGAACAAGAUGUCUGCUUACUUUGGCACUGCCAUCAAUGGUCAGUCCAUCGAUUUGCACCAGCAAUCAUCUUUGGAGGUCGUUUCCGAACUUCCCGCAGAGGAGCAGGCCAUAGUCCGCGCUCAAGGAGCCAAUGCGACGAUGUGGGCCUUUGUUUCGAUAUUGCCUCUCCUGGCCAUUACCGUUUUCAGUACCAUGGCGCUUGGAAACGUCUGGAUCGUCGCUCCUCCGAAGAAAUCCCAGCAAGGGGCGGAUGAACCUGCUCCGCCACCACGCGAGGAUGGCAAGUGUGCGCAACAUGCUGAUGAAGAGGUCCAGGAGGAUGUUCCAAAAUCUACAAGCGUUGAUAUACUGGAGGAAGUGUUUCUCGUUGCUUUGCUCCGAGGAGACGUACAAAGGCUGAGAAAGAAAGGUCCCGAGGCUCCCCAAAGGAAUGUGGUUUCCACUCAACCAACGACCGAGGACUCAGUCGUACCGAUAGCAGACAAACAGCCUUCGAAUUCUGGUGUAGACGACGCUAUCGAGCCUCAUUUGACUGAGAAAUGAAGCAAUGCCGUCAUGCGACACAUGGGGGCCUCGUCCCACCGCAUCGAGCAUGCAGGGGGUCACAUGCUGCACAGCGACAGCAAACAUUCCAGAGACGUCGUGCACCAUGUCUUGUUCCUUUCUUUACAACCACCUUUUUCGUUUUGUCUAGCGAUUCGAGGCCCAUAUGAGGCCUCCAUACAUAUACCCUGAUACGAACACGAAUACAACCACUCCGUUCUAGACUAGACUAGGGCAAGGCCGAGUCAGACCGCCGUUUCCGAGAAGUCUGUACCAUACAGAGCAAGUAAUCGUCCCAGCAGCCCAGGCUAGCACUGUGGUGUGUUUGCUUCGUAUUUUCCAAGGUUGGUGCCUGGGAGUUUGCCCAUCCUCCGACCUCGGCCCAUCUCAUCGCAACUCUCGGCGCCUCGGACGAGGUGGAUCUUUUAGCUUAUCCCCCGCAUUAUGUUCCUCUUCCGCUCGAUUUGUCGCCUAUCACAAGAGUUUUCGUGACGACACAAAUCCACUAGCGGCAUAGAGAUCGAGUCUACCGCUCUAGUGGCCUGCACAAGAAGACUUCGCUGCCACAUGCAGAACGUCGCUGAAUCUCCUAGGAGCCGAGGAUCGAUGGUGUACGUGUAACAGCUCCACACAUGGGAUUCAGCCUAGCCAUGAGAGGAAGUAAGUCCAUCCCAGAUCCUACUAUCGACCUCGCGCUGUAAUAAAGUUGGACUGAAGCUCCGCGUCAUUAUGCCA